ACCUAGGUGCUCUGGCUAUCGGCGAAGUCCAUGAGAAUGUUACUCUUCACUGUGGCAACAUGUCGGGAGCCAGGGGCCUGGUGACCUGGUACCGGAAUGACUCAGAGCUCAUCUUCCUGCUCUCCUCCAAUUCCAGCCUUCCCCCAGCUUCACCUCGUUUUUCUCUAGAGGAUGCAGGUGCCCUGCACGUGGAGGCACUGAGCCUGGAGGAUGAAGGCAACUACACCUGCCAGGAGGUUCUGAAUGAGACCCACUGGUUCCCUGUAUGGCUUCGGGUGGCCAGUGGCCCUGAUCAGAUUGUGGCUAACAUCUCAGCCACUGGCACCCUCUCCAACGGUACCCUGUACACAGCCAAGGGCUCCCAGGUGAACUUCAGCUGCCACAGCAUAUCAUGGCCUCCGCCUGAGGUGGAGUGGUGUAUCCAGGCCGACAUCCCUGAGUCUUUAGGAAGGAACCUGACGGUCAACAGCUUCGCACUGUUGCAGAUGUCACAGAACCUCCAAGGCAACUACACCUGCUUAGCCACCAACGUGCUCAGUGGGAGACAGCGAAAGGUGACCACCGAGCUCCUGGUCUACUGGCCCCCUCCCUUAGCUCCUCAGUGCUCAGUGGCGGUGUCUUCAGAAUCGGCCACCCUAGAACUCACCUGUAAUUGGGAUGGGGGCUACCCUGAUCCUACCUUCCUGUGGACUGAAGAACCUGGAGGGACAGUCGUGGGAAAUUCAAAGCUGAAAACACUGAGCCCGUCACAGCUGUCUGAGGGCAAGAAGUUCAGAUGCGUUGGGAGCCACAUAGUGGGACCAGAGUUGGGAGCCAGCUGUGUGGUACAGAUCUCAAGCCCCUUACUUGAUUCUCAGCCAAUGAAAACUUGCUUCAUGGGAGGCAACGUGACGCUCACCUGCCAAGUGACAGGCGCCAACCCACCUGCCAGGAUCCAGUGGCUGAGGAACAUCACGCAGCCAGAGGCGGCCAUCCAGCCCAGCAGCCACUAUCAGAUCACCCAGCACGGUCAGGGCUCUUCCCUCACCAUCUACAACUGCUCCCAGGACCUGGACGAGGGCUUCUACUUCUGCCGGGCUGAGAACCUCGUGGGGGUGAGGGCAGUAGACAUCUGGCUGAGCGUGAGAGAACCUCUGAACAUUGGGGGCAUCGUGGGGACGGUGGUGAGCCUCCUCCUGCUGGGACUGGCCAUUGUCGCAGGGCUCAUGCUGUAUUAUAGCCCGGUGUUCUGCUGGAAAGCAGGGAGCACUUUCAGGGGACAGGACAUGGGUGACAUCAUGGUUUUGGUGGAUUCUGAAGGGGAAGACGAGGAGGAGGAGGAGAAGGAGGACAAGGAAGAUGUUGAAGAGGCAGAGCAGGAGACGUAUGAGAGAGAGGAGUUGCCGAAAGAGAUACAUAAGCAUGGACACAUACACAGAGUGACCGCGCUGGUCAAUGGGAACUUGGACCACAUGGGGAAUGGACUCCAGGAGCUGCAUGAUGACAGUGAUGACCAGCAAAGUGAUGUUGUUGAAGAGGAAGACAAGCCAGUUUGAUGAAGACAGUGCACUGUCAACGGGUUUUUGCAAGUGCAUUCUGUUUUGACUGUCCUCGCACUGCUGCCCUGCCCAGGAACUUAGUCACAGCUGGGGUCUCCCAGCACAGGCAGUCAUCUCUCCUCCCAUCUCCAUUUGGUGCGAGGUACCCUUGGCGGUGUGAAACGCAGGUGCAAGGCAAAGCUACAGUGGUGUCUGAGGUGCCUCUUUGCUGUGACACCUGGCUCUUCCCGGGUUGAUUUACUGUGACACUGACUUUUUUCCUAGGGGAGAGGGCACUCACUUGAUAUCUGUGCACUGUGCCACUAUUCAAGGUUUGCAACCAGCUUGCCCAACAUAAAGGGGCGUGGAGGCGGGGCUUUUUAUCAAUGUUGAGGUAAGGAACCAGGCCCCUUCCAGGGAGAGGUGAGGUAGUUUGGUUGGACUGGGGAAGUCAGACAUUGAGGCUUCUUUCUUGUUGCUUUGCCUCUGUUUCCCCAUCUAGAAUAAGCAUGAAACAGCACCACUUUCCAAGCUCCUGAGAAACGAAGGAGGUAGUUUAGGGUAUAAAGGUGUCUACAAGGGUGCUCGAUAGAGCUGCUGUAGGGGCCUUCUUUGUAGACCGAAUCUACUCUGCCCACCCCAACAAUUCUCUUUUACCAUAGAGAUGGACAUACCUUUCCUUAUUGCUUCAUGGUUUACAGACCUGUGUGUGGUUAUAAUAGUCUCCUAAAUGAUGGACCUAAGGCCAGCUUCUGGCUCCUAAAGGUCAGCUUCUGGCUUCUCUUUCCUCGUGACUCCUGUGCUGCCCAAGAGGGAAAGGGAAACAUUUCUAGCAGAUUACUUGGCAUGAACUGGACAGACAGUUCACUUGGCCUCAGUUUCUGUGUCUUAGAAAUGGGAGUAUGUGUUUUCUUCCUACUUAGUGGAUGUGUUGAUCAAAGACAAUAAGUUUCAAACGAAAAUAGUGGGUGAUGAGUUUAACUUGGAACAGCUAAGUUCUGGGGAUUUUUUUUUUUUUUAAUUUCAUCUAAUUAUUCUGAAGUCAGGGAUCUUCUAAGGGUGCAAUAGGUGUGUGCUAGCCAUGAAAAUCUGACUUGGAAUUUGCACUCUCUGCUCAGACAGGACAAGGUCCAGGACUCUAAGGGGAUGGCUGUUCUCUUUGAAUGCAGGAGCUGAACCCAAGAAACAACUGCCAAUACAGCCCCUUCUGAGCUCCAGGAAGUUCAGGUGGCUGUGAAUUUGAGCCCUUGGGAAUAGCAGUGAAGUAGUUCUCUAGCUUCGUGGUACCUCAUACACUGGAUCACUCCAGUCUCUGUUAUUUCACGGUGGGAUACUCAGGUUGCCUUCAGUCCUGGGAGCUGGCCUCUCCUUUGAGGCCUGAUGACAGAGUUCCUGAGUUAUCUGUGACUCAGGGGCCACUUUAACAGAGGAGAGGAGAAGCUAGGUAGAGGGGAAGUCACAGCUGGGAACAUGGUGAAUGUUUUGAGAUCACUGGGUGCUUCCCACAGCUUUCUCUUCUGCACACACCUGGCAGUAGGAAAUAUUUGAGGGUUUUUCUACUAGCAGACAGGAGCUCCCAGGGCUUGAUGCCAAAUGCUGUUCUGACCAGUUAUCAUUGUCACUUUUAUCAGCCUGUAUGCACAUUUGCAGAUCAGUUAAGAGCCCAGGCACUAAAGGGCUUCAUAUUGGAUUUGUGAAAAAUUGGAGCCCUCAUCCCCUUUGUUCACUUAACACAAUUCAUACCCAGAUCUCAUGGCAUAUGGAGGAUGGGCUACAGACUUUGUAUGGGAAGUCCAAAAUCUUAUCCGCAUGUAUCAGUUAACUGAUCCACUUGUAAGAACCAGGAGGAAAAACACUUCAGGGUUGUUUUCAUCACAUUGAUUUCCCUCAAAACCCAGUGGAUAUGGGAAAGGGGCUCUGCAACCCUAUGCUUUGGCACUAGCUCCAUUUCUCACAACUGUAGAAGCACACAAGUGUCAUCCUCAAGGGGUACAGCUUUGUACUUUUAGUGCCAAUUCAAUUUCUCAGCACAGGACUGGUGGCCAGCUACUACAAAGAGACCGACUUUACGAUUUGAUAGGGGAAAUUUAGGAGAAAUUAGUUAUGAAGUUAUGAAUUUUUAAAGACUUUGGAAUAAAAGUUAUUUUUUAAACAUA